AAGAACGCACGAGUGAGACACAAGAUAUAAUGCAAAAGAAGGAGUGAGUCGGCGCUGCUUAGAACCGUCUGCGUUUCGAGUCUCUUACUUUGUGGUCUGCCCAGCUGUGUCAUUGAUUCAUUCCUGCUUUGCAACUCGACAAGUUGGUAUUUACUGAAAAAUGUCAACUUAUAUUCAAGUUAACAUCUACAAUCAAACUUUGGAAGUUCUCAAAAUGCGAGGACUCGAUUUGCAAUCUAUUUUGAAAACGAUUGGUUGUCCGGAUUCGUGGGUGACAGAAGUUCCAAUUCAUCCUCCUGCACAGAAAAUUCAAAAACCGGCAACUCCACCAACCUCAUGUGCCCCACAACUAGUUUCAUCUCCAAAAUGUCUAGAAUCUAUAUCUGCACAAUCACAAAAUGUUCUCAAAAAACCAUUUAAAAGCAUUUCCGCUGAACUUGGAUUUGCUCAACCAUUGAAUUUAGUCGAUACUCUGGGUUUGAAGCCACGAGAUUCAGAUGCGAUGAGCAGAGGAAAGAGACCAGCAUCUGUUCUAAAAGGAUUAUUUGAUGACUGGGAUCCCACUGCAAAUUUAGAUAUUCCCGGAACAUCAUCAGACAUUCCAUCGGAUCCAUCAAGCGCGUUGAAAGUUCCAAAGAAAGAAGUUUUAGAUGAGUCUGAAGAGAUACUAGAUCAAACUUCAGGAUCAUCAAGUUUCUCAUUAAAUGAUUCUGAACAGGCAAAUGAACAAGAAAGAAAUAUAAUUGAAGAUCUUCUUCGUCAACAAAUGUUUACUGAAAGCAAGAUAAAGAAUGAAGAAGCAAGUUUGCUAAAAGGUCUAAAAAAGGGAUUAGGAGAAGAAUUGGAAAGUUCACAUGCGAACUAUGUAAUUACUUGCAACUUUCCGGGAUGUGGUCUCAAAUACAACUGGCGUGUAAAAUAUGGAAAACUUCGACUUCUAGAUCAUGCUCUGACUCAUUCAAAUCGAAAAAUUCCUUGCAAGCUGUGUGGUUUCGAGUGCACAAAUGUCCGUAGAAUGCGUUCUCAUUAUGCAAAAGCUCAUCCAAAUGAACGUGUCGAAGGUUACGGUAUGAAGGCGUUGGUGAGUGGAGAUUCAAGUCGAAUUGGAGAUGGAGUCGAUGGAGAUAUUGACCAACAAGUCAGUGAUGAUGAACUUAAGGAAUUGUGGAACAAUUGUUUUUCGGAAAGUAUUCAUUUAGUUGGGCAAGCUAGUGGAUUUGUGGAGGGGGAGAAGUACAGAAGAAUGACGAAAAGAAGGAAAUUGGACAGAGAGGCAAUGAAUUCUAUGAAUUUCAUGUUUUAAUUUUUUGGGAUUAAUAAAUUCAUCUGUAAAAUUUUCAAAUGCAUCUAUGAAUAAACAUCAAAUAGUUUUAAG